CUGCUAUAUACAGCAUGAACACCCAGUCAGGCAGCACAGGGAACCAGCUCCUUUCUCAGGUUGCACAGCCCCCAGACAGAGGCAAUCCAAUGUAACUGGCCUCUGUCUGUCAUGUGAUGGUGUGGGGAGGGGUGUGGAGGAAGGGGAGAGAGACACAGAUACAGCCAGAGCUACUCUCACUGCUGGAAUGGUGCCUUUGGCUGUCUUCGAUGGCUGACUGUGUCGGUGAGAGAGCCUCACUGCUCCAUUCCCUUCUCCCCAUCUCUCUCCACACGCGGUGACCCUCGUGGACUGACCAUGGUGUAUGCACAAAAGAAGCUCAACAUCCUGGUGGCAGUGGCUCUGAUUGGAGGAUUAACCUUUAUAAUUGCCGUGGUGCACUAUAUCCAUCAGUCUCCUUAUCCCAUAAUACUGUCCCCUUUGGCUGGGGAGCUGGGCAGCAGACAGAACCAUCUGAUUGGUGUUUAUGCACAGGAUGCUAAGGUGUUGCACGGUUACGUUAGCCUCAGAGAGCAACAGCCAUUGACUCUGAGCUGUGACCAGUGCAGCAUUGUGUCCAGCUCUGGCCAGAUGCUGGGGAAGGGCCUGGGCCCUGACAUUGACAGCUCGGAAUGUGUCUGGAGAAUGAACAAUGCUCCGACGGAGGGCUAUGAGGCAGAUGUGGGCAGCGUAACGACCGUGAGAGUGGUGUCUCACACCAGCACACCAUGGCUCCUCCGGCAGAACACCUUCAGAUCCCACCUCAACAACUCCAUCUACAUUUUCUGGGGUCCUCACAGGAACAUGAGGCGUGAUGGCAAGGGGAUGGUCUAUAACAUGCUGAGAACUGUUCAGAACCGCUUCCCAUCGGCCAAACUCUACACUGUGACAGAGGAACAGAUGAGAUAUUGUGACAUGGCUUUUAAAAAGGAGACUGGGAAGGACAGGGUGCUGUCGGGCUCCUACCUCAGUACAGGUUGGUUUACGUUUAUCGUGGCGAUGGAAGCUUGUCGAUCCAUUCACGUCUUUGGGAUGAUUAACGCGUCUUUCUGCAGCACCGAGGGGCACAGGAACGUGCCAUAUCAUUACUAUGAGCCCAGCGGGCAGGAGGAAUGUGCCGAGUAUUAUCUACACGAGAACGCACAGUACGGGGGGCAUCGGUUCAUUACAGAGAAAGGCGUCUUUGCAAAAUGGGCGAAAGAAAGGAAGAUCAAAUUCUUCAACCCCACCUGGCAGAUCUCCUAACACACAUCGAACAGAGUCACCUUCAAUGGUGGGACUGCAGCUUCUCCCUCAAAUCCCUAUCGACAGCACCAACACAACCAGACAAUGAUGUCUCUAUGCUUCUACAUGUCCUCAAUAAAGGACCAUGUUAUCCCUG